CUUCACACAUUAAUUUUAAAUAGCCUUGCAAGUUGACAAAUGUACUCAUAUUUAAUAUAAUUUCUCAUUUUAGAUUCGACAGUCUUUAUGUGUGCCUUCUGUCUGUUAUAAAUGUCACACGUCUAUGUCUGUCCCAGAAUGCCCUGCUGGUUCAUUCGCUGCCUGUGUGAAAACCAGGCGUCAUGUGACCAUGUGGGCGGAGCUUGUACCUGUAAGACUGGCUGGACGGGAACGUUCUGUGAAAAAUGUGUCAUUGUUUCUCCACUUAACAUAUAUUAACAUCAGCCAUAUGUGUGUGUGUGUGUGUGUGUGUGUGUGUCCAGCCUGUCCGCAGGGUUUCUAUGGUCUGGACUGUCAGCAGAAGUGUGUGUGUAUGAACGGAGCUCUCUGUGAUCAUGUCAGGGGUGAAUGUGUCUGUCCUCCUGGCUGUAACCAAAGCUUCUACGGUCCUGGCUGUGAGCGUCGCUGUCAGUGUUUGAACGGUGGAGCUCGUCUCUCGGUCUCAGGAGCCUGUGAAUGUCCGGCCGGAUUCAUCGGGGCCCUCUGUCAUCUCACGUGUCCCGCCGGUCUGUUCGGCUCUGGCUGUCAGCAGCACUGUGAUUGUGUGAACGGAGCGUCAUGUCACCACAGAACCGGACAGUGUGUCUGUCCCGCUGUGAGAGAGCGUGUAAGCAGGGCUCCUUCGGUCUGAACUGCUCUCGGUCAUGUGACUAUGCGGAGGACACCCCGUGUGACCCGGUGAGCGGCAGCUGUAUCUGCUCCUCGGGACAGACGGGCGUCCGGUGUGACAGCGGUGAGUCCAGCAGCACUAAUGCACGCUCAUGAUGAGAUGUGAAUGCAGGAACGGACGCUGCAUGUGUCUGAACGACUGGACCGGCCUCACGUGCUCACAGCGUAAACCUGCUUCACAUCACACAACUAACACCACAAGAGAACCAGGCCUUCAGAUCCACGCUUUCACUCAGCACGCUACGUUUCUUCAGCCAAAUACUAGAUCAAUAUUGAACAACUUAGAACAUGAAUUUAAUAUAUUUAAUAUUGUGCAUGAUUCUGAAUCUGGGAAUUGAAAGCUUUCGGUUUUAUGAUGGUCAGUCAAUGUUUGUGGGUUUAUUUUAAAACAGCGUUUAUUUCAUUGUGUUUUUAUAUAUUAGAAAAAAAUUGCAUAAUGAAGACAUUCACAUGCAUGUUUUUUAAUGUAAUUAAAGAGAUACUAUUAUAAUAUUUAUUAAUCGAUUAAUAUUUGGUCUCUGCUAGUAAUUUGUUUCUACUG